AUGCCUCUCGACGGUGCCCACAGUACCAAUGGCGUCCAGGAUCGACGCGGCGGACGGGCCGAGCCUCGCCGCAGUGUCCGAUUAGGAGCUUCAGACAGCAUGACGGAGGUCCUGCCGGUUCGUGAGGAGGCCGAGUGGGUCUCCGCGCAGAAGCAUACCAUCGAGGAGCAGCUUCGGACAGGAUCUGCCAUCCUCGUGUUGCAGAGCAACUACACCGAUCGAAGCCAUUGUCGAGCCGUUGUCUGCCCGCCGCGGCAGGUCACCGGGUGGCCCAACAUCUCUUCGGCCUUCCGGCUCAAACUCAUGCACUCCAGGACUAACGAAUACUUUCACGUCAGUUGCAUGGAACGAAUGCUCGACCUUACGACACUCAUUGAGCCGGGGUACUUCAAAAUGGAGGGCGGCGUGUCUCUAGUAGGCAUACUGGGCCACACGCUCAAAACCCAAAGAUUCCACGAAGCGAUUGAGGAUUGGUUUGGUUACGGAGGCCGCACGUUCGAUCCUUCCGCUUACAGUGCGUAUCGCAAGGCGCACAGGAAAUGGGAGGGCGAUGUCGGCACACAGAGCAUCCGCAUCAGCUCGCUGGUCACGGCGACGAUUGCCUUUGCCCACCUUGGCCAAGAGAGCCCACAGUCAACGAAUUUUUCCCGGAAGAGCGCAUAG